AUGGUGUUUCAACUCCUUGUGGUUUUGGCUCUGGCUCAUGCAGGCUUGGCCAGAGUCAGCCCAAAUUUUAGCGACUGCCUGGGUCAGUUCUAUGCCAGCAAACCUCCGGUUGGAUUUACCGGUCCCAUUACCCCCAUCUGCCAGAUGUAUGAGACCUACAACAAUCCUUUCUUUGCCUCACUAUAUCACAAGGGAAACAGGUAUCCUCUGUAUUCUGCUUAUAUCCUGGACACCAGACCCGGUGAUGUCACAGGAGCCGACCAGACUUUCCGACUCGAGCCACAGCUUGUGGACACCAGGCUUCCAAGGGAAAUGUCGCUCCAGCCUGCAACUGAAACUGCAAUUCGCAAUCUCGGCCUCUCCGGUGUCGCUACUGACCUCAUCAAACAGAAUCAGGCCAUCAAUUCUGACUACACGGGAAGCAACUACCACAAAGGUCACCUGAACCCCAAUGCCGACCAUCCUGAUGGGCCUAGCCAGAAAGCCACCUAUACCCUGACCAACGUGGCACCCAUGUUCGGCUCCCUAAACAGUGGCGCCUGGCGAGGCAAUGAGAAGAAAGUGAGGGACAUUGCAGCCACUUGUGGUAGGAUGUAUGUGGUAACGGGUGCGGUGCCUGGAAACAAUUGGAUCUCUGUCAAUGGUGUACAAAGGAUCAACAUUCCUAGUCACAUAUGGAGCGGAUACUGCUGCCUGGACAACAACAAUCGGCCCAUUAGAGCUGAAGGAGCCCUGGCGCCAAACAAUGCCAACACAGUGCAGGUGUUGAGCAUUGCUAGCCUGCAAAGCCAGCUAAAAACACUGCUUGGUGCCACUGUCACCCUGUUCCAGAACAACUGCACUUAA